AUGUCAGGGUUUGCUACCCCAAUCUUCGCUAUACUAGCAGUGAUCGUAUCACUACUCCCGGUCCCGUCUCAUUGGAGAGCGCGCAAUUUUGUCAUACUGGGAUUGGUAUUUUGGCUAGUUGUUGGAAACCUCAACAUUUUCGUAAAUCGAAUUAUAUGGAUGUCGAAUGCCAAAAACUCCGCACCAAUUUGGUGUGACCUUUCUGUUAAAUUAAUGAGCAUGGCAAGUUUUAGUCUGCCUUGCUCUGCGCUUCUCAUCUCUUCAAAAUUAUAUGAUAUUGCAUCAUUAAAGUACUCUAAGAGGACGCCUGAAGAAAAGCAGCGCUUAUGGAUAUUGGAGCUAUUUUGUAUUACGGUUUUACCUGUCUUCUAUUCACUUUUAACCCUUGUAUCACAGGGACACCGCUUCAAUAUCGUUUAUGGCCGAGGGUGCGAACCAGCUGUGUAUUUUUCAUCUGUAUCAAUUGUGAUUGACUAUGGUAUCCCUGUGUCUUUGUGUAUCACGUCACUGGUCUAUUCUGGUACGUUUGAUUCAAUUAAUUUUAACGGAAGUGGUAUCAGUACGAAGAAGUUUUUGAGGAUGAUUUCUUUUGCCCUCAUUGACAUACUAAUUAAUUUUCCCAUCCUUUUAGCAGCAUUCGCUCUUGAAGUCUCAUACAUGAAAAUAAUACCGUACACCUCCUGGGAUUUUGUUCAUAAAAGCUCACGAUUCAAACAUUUUCUUACCAUGACUUCGUUUGCCACUUGGAGUCAGUGCAUGAUGGGAUUCAUUUUCUUUUUCAUGUUUGGUUUAAAUACUGACAUAAAAUCAGACUAUGUUAAAGCUUUUAUGAAGGUCAAAGGAAUGUUCCAUCUUAAAACACAGAAAGCAACU